AUGCGGCCGUUGCCACAGGAAUGGAUGUCUCAGAGAUUGCGAGCUAUGUGGACUCAAUUCAAAUGUGCUUCUCAAAGGGUUUGGGAUCUCCAGUCGGUUCGAUUGUUGUUGGGGGAGAAGAAAUUCAUCGAUCUCGUUCGACACAAGAGAAAAGCUGUCGGUGGUGGAUGGCGUCAAGCGGGAAUCCUGGCCGCAGCCGCCAUGUAUUCCCUCGAUCAUGCUAUCAAGACGGUGACACGGGAUAACAAAAAUGCGGCUAUUCUGGCAAAAGGUUUCAACGAUCGAACGCCGAAUCAUCUGAAAGAAGCCCUGCACGCAAAUGAAGAAGGAUUGACAAAUAUUGUGGUGGUUCGUUGCGCGAAUGGGGUCACACCGAGUCAGAUGGUUUCCUUUUUCCAAGAGCGCAGAGUGUUGUUCAUGGUUUUCGACGAUCAUCGAGUAAUCUACGAAGAGAUCUACCCGUCAACGAGCACGGCUUUCGAUCAAGAAGUGGCGCUGGAGCUGGAUGUUUGUGAUUAUGAAGAGGAAGCCUGCACAUCGGAAUAUCGCUGGUACAAUGAACGUUACGAGGAAACGGUGAAAGUCGACGACGAGGAUUACCCGCUCGAUUCACCGCCAAUUUUGGAACCACAAGUGUCACAAAUCGUUCGGAACACAGAGCUUUGUCGCUUAUGCGCACAGAAUAUACCGACUGGAUGCCGGAGAAUGCAUAUAAGAAGAUUCCAUUUACAACGAAAACUCUUCCGUUGCCCUCAUUGUAAAUUCUCUUCGAACUACAGCUACGGAAAUGUAAGAGCUCAUAUGUGGCAAAUGCAUUAUAGCCGGCUGAAGCCGAUCACAGUGAAGAACAGUUUAAACGACGUGAUGAUGGAUUACGCUUACAUGUGUUUCGGUGAUCAACGUCUUUUGGCUAGAUAUGAGAAAGAGGUGGUCGAUACAGUGAUGGAUUUGAUUGAUUGGGCGGCUGAUGGGGUAAAGCCAGAGGAUUUGAUCCCUGUCGCACAGCAAACGAGACAAGGAUCAAGUCAAAAUGCGGUUUGGGCAGAAAUUGGCGACGAUGGACUCCCGUUUGACAUCAUUGAUCCAGGAGAGGAACAAGAAAUGGGAAACUCGAGUGAAAAGAGCACUCAGCGAAUCGAAUCGCUUCAAAUCACGCAAGAGCCGGCUGCGAAACGAUCGAAAAGGCCGACGUCUACUUGUCUCCUUUGUGGGCUUCGUGAGAUCACUCAUCGAGAACGUCACGUUCUCCAGCAUCAUUUCAAGCGACUCGUUUAUCUGUGCCCACAUUGCUCUUUUGGGAGCACCUAUGCGCCGAAUGUAAUCAAAGAUCAUAUGCGAACAAAGCAUAUAGCUCUUGGCGGAAAUCCAGUGGACAUUCGGGGUCAAGUGACGAAAGCGAUCGAUUCGAUCUACGAGAAAUGCUUUGGACCGAUCUCAUACAUUGAUUCCCAA